GCCACUCGCCCUAACUUCGGCCUCAACGAGCUCGACUUCGUCUUCUCCACCCUCGUCGUCGGAUCGAUCCUCAACUUCACGCUAAUGUACCUCCUCGCCCCCACCGCCGUCGCCUCCACUGCCAGCGCUGCCGCCUCCUCCCUCCCCUCCUACAUUUUCGAGCCUGGAUCCUACGCUCUCUCAUCAAGAAUCGCCACUUUGAUCAAUAAAGGAGCCACGUUUGCUGCUGUGGGGUUCGCCGCUGGGCUUGUGGGGACUGCAAUCACCAAUGGGCUGAUCACGUUAAGGAAGAAGAUGGACCCGGAGUUUGUGUCCCCCAACAAGCCGCCGCCCACGUUGCUGAACGCGAUGACUUGGGCUGCGCAUAUGGGAAUCAGUAGCAAUUUGAGGUACCAGACGCUGAAUGGGUUGGAGUUUGUGUUGGGGAAAGUGUUGCCUCCGGCUGGGUUUAAGGUUUCGGUUGUUGGGUUGAGGUGCUUGAACAAUGUACUUGGUGGGAUGUCGUUUGUGUUGCUUGCGAGGAUGACGGGGUCUCAGAAGGUGGAGGAGAAGAAGGCUGAGGUGGAGGAGAGCUUGAUUGUGGAGAAUGCGAUAACGGAUAGCGGGGUUGAUGAGCGGUCAAGCAAUUGAGGUUUGUUUUCUGAACUUGGUUUUAGUUUAGAAAUGAAAAUUUGGACAUCGCGAAGAGGAACGCUUAGGCUCUGCUAGGGGAGUGCAGUAUAAAGAGCGUGCUUCCUGAGAAGGGGUGUAUUAUAUUAACUUACAUAAUAUAUCAAUAAUGAGGGACUGUGAGGAUGUAGGUUUGGUUUUAUGCUCUGGCUUUAUGAUUUGAAUGAACGGAUCAUUUAAGAAUAAAGUGAAUUUAUGUUACUUCAAUUUUUAUAGUGGUGUAACAUGUUUUGCAAUGUUAGUAAUGUGACUGAUAUUUGGUAAUUUGGAGUGAUAAAUGAUGGCUUGUGAUAUAUGUGGAGAA